AUGCAAAUAGACGAAGAAGAAGAUAUAUUAAAGAGAAGAUUAUUGCUAAGAGAGAAUGCAAUCAAGAGAGUCUUUAAAAAAUAUUUACAGUUUAUGUCUGCAACUGCUGACAACUCUAGUAAUCCUCAAUCAAUAGAGACAUGUCAAAAUGCAUAUCAUUCAUUUAUAAGAGAAUUAUCAUCAUUGGAAUUACAAAUACAGAAAUCGACGGUCAUAUCAGAGAUUAAUCAAAACGAAUUAAAAUACUAUGAUGAAUUGUACAGCAAGAGAGAAGAAGAGAUUGAAAGUGUAAAAAAGGAAAUCCAAGAGUUAAAGACUCGUUUAAUAUACGAAAAGAUUCAGAGACAGUACAAAGAACAAUAUCUAGCUCUCUACAAACUAAUCAAUGAAAAAAAUACGACAGACCAAACCGAAAAGGAGAUACAACAAGUAAAGAAAGAGUUGGAUGCCAUCUUGGAUCAAAACGACACAACAUCGGCAAAGCUGGAUUUACGUUCCAAACAAUUCCAACUAUUACUACACACCGUUCAAGAGUUGGAAAAGAGUUUAGACGACGAAAUGGUCAAUCCAUCGGCACUCUUACAACAAGCCACCGUUUCACCAAAUCAAUCAUCUUCCACAUCAUUGGGUACAUCCUCUACAUCUAUUCAAUCACCACUUCCACCAACUCAAGUAUUAAAUGGUUCAAAUGGAAUAAAUGAAGAUAAAAUGGUUGAAUAA